GAGGGCUGGGUGGGCGCCGCCAUGAUAACCUGAUACCGGAAGAGGCGGGUCGCUCCUCCCUGACUGAUCCCACACCAGCACCGGCCUCCAGAUGCAGGCGGCUUUGGAGGUCACUGCUCGCUACUGUGGCCGGGAGCUGGAACAGUAUGGCCAGUGCGUGGCAGCCAAGCCUGAGUCAUGGCAGCGGGACUGUCACUACCUUAAGAUGAGCAUUGCUCAAUGCACAUCCUCCCACCCAAUCAUCCGCCAGAUCCGCCAGGCCUGUGCUGAGCCUUUCAAGGCCUUUGAGGAGUGUCUUCGACAGAACGAGGCAGCCGUGGGCAACUGUGCAGAGCAUGUGCGCCGCUUCCUGCAGUGUGCUGAGAAGGUGCAGCCGCCAGGCUCACCCACGACUGUGGAGACACAGUCGCUUCCUGCCUCCUGAGGACUCCUUUGACUGCAGGGACACUGGACAUGAGUGACUGACUACUUGAUGCCCCCACCCCUGCAGAGUGGCCAGAUGGAGUCACAAAGGCUCUGGCCCUGGGCCUGUCUUCCCUGAACAUCAGGACUCCCAAUAAAUAAAGACUCUGUAUA